GGCGCUCUAGUUUAGACUUCACGCCGAAAGUGAUUACAGAACGAAUGUGUACGGCUAGCCGGCUGAUAGCUUCGGCAAUGUUGUCACUAUCAGAAUGAUAUCACAGCGGGACAGAGGAGAACUCGCUCGGUUUUAUACAGUGACAGAUCCUACACGGCACCAGAAAGGCUACACUGUGUAUAAAGUCACAGCCAGGUUAAUCUCUCGGAAGAACCCAGAAGAUGUCCAGGAGAUAAUAGUAUGGAAGAGAUACAGUGAUUUCCGGAAGCUACAUCAAAAUCUCUGGCAGCUGUACAAGAAUGUAUGUAGCCAUUCUGAGCUAUUUCCACCCUUUGCGAAAGCCAAAGUAUUCGGUCGAUUCGAUGAGUCAGUGAUUGAGGAAAGAAGACAGUGCUCUGAGGAUCUCCUGCAGUUUUCUGCAAACAUUCCUGCUCUGUACAGUAGUCGACACAUUCAAGAUUUCUUCAAGGGUGGGGAGAUCCACGACGGCUCAGAUCUCAUUGGACCAGCUGAGCCCUUUUCUGACUUCCUGGCUGAUAGUUUAUCAGACUGUAGUUCUGAUGUACAAAGAGACAUCAGUGGUGCAGAGGAGUUGACUGUCACAUCUGAGUAUGGGGGCCCUUCUAGUGACAGUGACCUGACCUCCCUGGCAGUGGAUACAGACUCUUUGGCUGAGUUGGAUGAUGGCAUGGCCUCAGGUAGCACCUCCCCAAACCAGCCACAGGGGGAAGCCACCAACAUCAGUAGUAGCUGCAGUCCUCGUUUGCCCUCGCUGCUUGAACGCCGUACCCCAUCCCCUGCCCCCGUCCCUGCCUCUUCAGCCCCUAACCCAGAGGUCAGCUGGCCAAGUCGAACACCACUCUUCUCCCGCAAUCUAAGGAAAACCAGCGGGGUCAACACUACGGACGUAAAGUCGGAUUACCUCGACAAAGCCAGUGAACUGAUCGGUUUUGCUGUACAAAAGGAAACUGAGCAGGACUUCCACGCAGCAUUUUUAUACUACCGCAGUGGGGUUGACUUGCUGCUUCAAGGAGUACAAGGUGAACCAAGUGCCUCACGACGAGAGGCGGUGAAAAAGAAGACUGCUGAGUAUCUGAUGCGUGCAGAGCAGAUUUCAGGUCUGCAUCUGAGAAGCAGUAUGGGUCAGGGAUCAACACAGACUGUGGCCUUUGGAGCUCAGUGCUGUUCUUCUUCAAUCAGAGGAGGGCAGCAGAGUCCAUCGGAUGAGCUGAUAGCUUACAGAGUGAUAGGGGUCAUUAACAAGGUUCUUCUGGUCAUUGACAAGAGGACGCAGGAGACUUUCGUCCUCAAAGGACUGAGGAAAAGCAGUGACUGUGGGCAGGCUAAGAAGACUAUUAUGCCUCUCUCCGUGCCCCACAUGGUGCAGUUGAGAAAGUUCAUCAUCUCUGAAGACACUGUUUUCCUUCUGCUGCACUACGCUGAGGGUGGGAAGUUGUGGUCUCACAUCGGAAAGUACCUUCGUAAUUCCAGUCCAGAGGAGAGCUUUGACAUUCCUUUCAUCCAGAAGAGCCACACAACGGCUGUACAUUCUCCUCACCACAUAAUACCACAGCUGGAUGCAGGUUCUACCAGCUGUGAUUCAGAGCCAUAUGCUGGUUCAGAUCUUGCUUUAGGCCUUCAGAAAAAAGGGGAAAUCCCUUUCAUGUCUCCUGUUAAAAGUGCCGUCCCUGCAGGGCUCCGGUACCAAAUUGGAGCUCAGACUGACUCUGGUGCGACCUCUGAGGAGGAGUGCACAAACAGCUAUUUGACUCUUUGCAAUGAGUACGAACAAGAAAAAGUAGAACCAGAUGCACUAGAAGAGGAGGUCGAUGAGAGGAGCGAACAGGAAAUGCUGUCUUUGGAGGUGCAUAAUGCAACCGCAACAGCGUCUUCAUACAGCCGUUCGCUUCUCAGCAAUGACAGCCUUUCUUCCCCCGGAGGCUCUCAGGAACUCGGCUUCUUGAGUGAGUUUUCUGAUAAGAGCGGCCAAACCCUUGAAACGGACCAGACCCGCAGUGAAGGACAAGAUCACUGUGAGGGUUUCAGUCCUUUACGAUCCCCAACAGAGCCUCCCUCUUUGGAUCAGUCCAAACACACACCAAUGGAGUUUUUCCGCAUUGACAGCAAAGACAGCGCUAGCGAAGUCACUGGCCUCGAUUUGGGAGAGCACUGGCAUUCUCAGAAGCAGCCCCCUCAGUUUUCUACGUCUGACCUAGGUUCAGAUGUCACAGAGGAGCUACCAAAGCUGGCUCGUGAAGUAAAGGGUCCACGCUUGGAGCUGUGGGGGUUCGACAGUAGUGAUAAGGGGUCUAAUGAGUCAGUGCCUGUCAUCUCAUUUAAAGAGGCAGUAGUCGAAGAUGAGGGUCAUCCACCAGACUUGUUGGUCAAUCUUCCUGUAAUAAGUGGGACUGCAGACUUUACACAGGAGGAAUCAGAACCUUCAGGGGUGUGUUUGGGCCUUGAAGUUGCAGCCACUUCUCAAAAGUGCAUUCAGCCUGAUGUCUUACAGCUACAUAGCCAGCAUGAGGACCUGGCGGAGCAGCACCUAGAACAAGAACUUUCAUCUUUCUCUACAGCCUCUGCAACUUGUGACAAUAGUCUUGCAUGUACUUCUCUAUGGGACGAUAGCCUGGCAUUUGGACUUGAGGCAUGUGACAAAGUCUUUGAUCAAGAUGACAGUCAAAGCAGUGAUCACCUAGAAAUAGGGGUUUUAAGUGAGAAACCUCAACCUUGUAUGACAGGAAACACAGACUCUGCUCCAGUCCUCAGUGACACCACCACGACCUCUAUCUCAGCAAUGAACAGUACUCAGGCUUGCACAGUCGUUGAGAGUUUAUUAGAUCUUGAUGGUGAAUCAUCAGGAGUCAAUAAAGCCACAGGUGGCAGCGACUUUGAUAAAGAAGUGUCACGGCUGUUUGCAGAGUUAGACGAGCUGUCGUUGGCUGCCACCCAAGCUCAUAUCCCAGAGGAGUUUGUGCGAUGUUGGGCAGUAGAAAUUGUUACGGCCUUGGACUGUCUGCAUCAAGAGGGCAUCAUCUGCCGGGACUUGAAUCCCAAUAACAUCCUGCUUGACCAUCAAGGGCAUGUGCAGCUCACCUACUUUUGUAGUUGGUGUGAUGUGGAGGAAUCCUGUGACAAGGAGGCAAUGGCCAAUAUGUACUGUGCACCAGUUCUUAUGUUGUCCUGUAGAGGGCGGCGUUGGGCUGCAUUCAGCCCUGGAACCCGUGCGUCGCCCCCAGCUGACUUGUGGCAGCUCUGGCAUGCUGUUUAAAAGCUGCCCAAGACAAACUGCUGCUAGACUACAGCUUCAAGUUCCUAUUUAGCACUUCUGUGUGUGUGAGGGAGUAUUUUUGUCCUCUCAGGAGACUUCAAUUGGUUGCUAUUUUUUUCCUCAUUAAUAUAUUGCUUUGUGUGUACAUCUACAAAUUGCACUGCUUGUUAUGUUUACGUUAUUUCUGCAGAUUACUCUGGAUUCUGGGCUAACUGAAAACUCCUUGUUUAUUCACUUUCACACACUUUUACCUCCUGCUUCUCUGUCUUAUUUAUCCACUCUCACCAGGAAUGCUAAAUCCUUAUUUUGUGUAGAAGCUACAUUUCUUGCAGUAGAUCACUUUUUGAGAAAGAUGGAAAGCUCACAUUUGGAGCCUGUAUAUUAUGAUUAUGCACCUUAGAGUCUAAGUGGUAAUUACACAUGGGUUUCUAACUACAAAAUCUUGACUAAAAAAAACAUGUUGUCCCCUUAUGUCUGUUUUACACAAAAAAUUAAAACAAAAAACAUUUAAUAUCAUAACCACUUAUUUAUAAGAAAAAAGCACAAUACGUUCCUACUGCUUCUGAUUUUUACAGUCCUAUCAAUGUUGCUGCUUUUAGUUGCUUAGUAGCUUUCUCAUGGCUUGAGAAAAAGGAGUUUUAAAAUGGCUUCGUCUUAAUAAAAGUGAUUAUAUUUUAAGUUUCCACACUGUGAAUGUAAGAGCUCUUUACCUCUGUGAAUAUUUCUGAGCAGCCAAAUUUGUCUUACUUAUAAACAAAGAGAAAGUGUAGCAACCUUGUUUCAGCCAGCUGAUUGUAAGGAACCCAGAAAAUGGCAUGAAAU